ACCCGCGCUGACACGGCUGGAGAGAGCCACCAGGGCGGGACACGGGCUGCCAGGGCCACCGGGAAACAGCGGGGGACACGGGCUGCGAGACUCACAGAGGCCACCAGCGGGGGACACCGUUUGCCACGGCCACCGGCCCACCAGCGGGGGACGAGGUUUCAAGGACCAUGGCUGCCAUCGAUGAGCGCACCUUCAUCGCCAUCAAGCCUGAUGGGGUCCAGAGGGGGCUGGUGGGGGAGAUCAUCAAACGCUUUGAGCUGAAAGGGUUCAAACUGGUGGCCAUGAAAUUAGUACAUGCCUCUGAGGACCUUCUGAGGGAACACUACAUCGACCUCAAGGACCGGCCGUUCUACGAUGGCCUGGUGCAAUACAUGCACUCAGGACCUGUCGUAGCCAUGGUGUGGGAAGGUCUUAAUGUGAUUAAGACUGGAAGGGUGAUGCUGGGAGAAACCAAUCCAUUUGAUUCCAAGCCUGGCACUAUUCGUGGGGACUUCUGUGUCCAAGUUGGAAGGAACAUCAUUCAUGGCAGUGAUUCUGUGGAAAGUGCUGAGACAGAGAUCAAUUUAUGGUUCACUCCUGAAGAACUGGUUGAUUACAGAAGCUGUGCUCAUGAGUGGAUCUAUGAUUAACACCCAGCCUGGAUCUUCUGAUAUCCCCACUGUCUGUGAGCAGCUGCCAGUCUCUAGCUAUUCCAAAGAAUUCCCUGGUAGAAACCUCAGAAAACACUGAGAUUGCUCUGUUGUGGAUGUUUAAAAUAGAGUCAGUGCUUGCUGCUCCUUUGAUUUAAAAGCUGUCAGGUUACAAAUGGGAUUGCACUUUUUAAAAGCUGCUUCUGGGGUUGAGAGAUAUGAGGUGAAAACACGGAGCAGAUAACAUAUAUUUUUCUGAAGUACUUAUAGAGGGUAUUUUGGUAAACAGAAAAAAAUGGGUAAACAAUUUAUUUGGUAAAUAAAUGUGCAAAUGACUUGGAGUCAGAGGUUAACUUUGCUAAAACAUUAGAGGACAACUGAUAGUGGUGUAAAUGCAUUGCUAAUAUGCCCAGAUGUUGAGGAUUUACUUAAUAUCAAAUGUGUCCCCAUUCCUAAAACAGCUGCAGAAAAAGCCCAUUUCUCUCCCCAGAACAUGAUGUGCCCAAAGAGAGCUCAGCUCUGGCUAAAAUGACAACUGGCCUCCACAAUGACACUAUUUCAGCUUGCUUUUUUUCCCUUCCACGUGGGAUUUAUUUAGCAUUUUGAGGAAAGAUUAACCGGCCAGGCUUCAUGAAAUGUCCUUUUAUGUGAAAAGAAGAUUAAUGUGAGGAUGGAUGAGGGAGAUUCUACCUUCAGCCACUUCAGUGCAGCAGCUGUCUGAUAUUGCACAGAGCAAUAAGUGGUGCUUGCUUUGCCAGCUGAACAGCUGAUAGUUUAGCUUUGUUAUCAUUUGUGUCCUUUCCUUAGUAGUUGGAACUACAAAGCAAACAAUCCUUGGAUAAGUUGUUUCAGAAGUGACUUCAGCGCUAUCAUUUUGUAUUUAUUUAAUGAUGUAAAGAAGUACAGUCAUCAUAAUGCAGAAGGUGUUUCAGUUUCAAGAGCAAAAGUUGUACUGGAUGAGGUAGUUGGGAUUGAUACUAUGUAUUUAUGUCCCUGCAAUAUUUUAUUCACUAAGAGCAAGAAUUCCAUGGAAUCAGUUGUUCAAACUCCAUGAUUUUUUCCCCCCACAGUGAGUUCUUGUGUCUGAAUACUGAACUAUGCAGCAAAUAUUGAAAACUUAGGAUACCUUAUGGUGAUAUCAAACUCCUAAAAAGAGAUGGUACAAAAUAAAACAAUAUUUGCUUAAGUGAAGUAUUUCUUAAGUGAAAUAAAAAGAAAUUUUAAAUA